AAAGAUCAACCCCGUGAACCGUGUAAGCGUCUCUUCACACCUGGUCGGCCGCGGGACCACACGUGUGUUAGACGUCCUCUGUUUUUAACGGAGCCAGUAUAUCUCUACUUCAAAUCAAAGGUAAAAAGUUGCAUACCAGCUGAAUCAACACUUGUAACCAAUGGCAAAAAGGACAAGGUCAAAGGUUUUGAAGUCAUCUUGGAAGAUACCAUUCUGUUUCCAGAAGGGGGUGGACAGCCGGAUGACAGAGGAACCAUAAACAACAUAGAUGUACUACGUAUCACAAGGAAAGGGGCAGAGGCUGUGAAUUUUGUAACCACGGAAAUCGCUGCCGACACAGAUGUUGACAUGAAGGUGGACUGGUCACGUAGGUUUGACCACAUGCAGCAGCACACUGGGCAGCAUCUCAUCACCGCUGUGGCAGAACAGUUGUUUGGUUGUCCCACCACCUCAUGGUGUUUGGGAGAAAAGACAUCCUUUAUAGAGUUAGAUAUCCCGAACAUGAAGGAAGAGGAUGUUGUCAAGCUGGAGGAAACUGUUAAUGAAAAGAUUCUGGCAGAGAUCCCUGUCACCCCUCAUGUGUUUGAGGAUAAAAAUGACCCGAAGCUGAAAGAGGUAAAUAAAACCUUACUCAACAAUUUGAAGCAUAUCGUCACGAACGGUUACAUGUCACACAUCACUUGUUUACAUUAUAAGUAGCCACACAUCAUCUGA